AGUAACUUCAUUGACAUCGAGCGCGGUUAGCUGUCAAACACUGGGUCGUAGGAGCCGCUUCAUAGCACGAAACAGAAAAUAGAUAUUUCAUACUUCACUUUCCCUCUCCAACACCCGUGGAAAUGUUUAACAGUCUUCUUAGGGAAUUUGACGAGGACCCUUUCUUCUCCUCAUCAAGGGAUCCAUUCCAGGCACACAACACGCAUGUACAACAGAUGAUGCGGAGUUUCUCAGAGCCCUUCGGUCGGGACUUCAUGCCCAGUCUGACAGGCGGGCAUGACAGGGGCCGCGUAGCCAGGGGCCAACCCAACACUAGCAUGGCGCUACGGGAGGACCACAGGGGGAUGAGCCAGUCGCUUUCGCCUUUCAGCAGUGUUGAUAGCACGGACAUGGAGUUGAGGAACCCAUUCAGUAUGUUGGACAGCAUGAUGUUCGGCGUGAGGAACAGGAUGGAGGACAUGCACAGAAACUUUGAGAACCUGUCCACAGACUUGAACGCCAACACCAACGCCCACUCAUUCAGCUCCUCCUCAGUGAUGACCUACUCCAAGGUUGGAGACGAACCCCCCAAGGUGUUCCAGGCCUCCUCCCAGACACGGCGCGCCCCUGGCGGGGUUAAGGAGACUCGGCAGUCCCUGAAGGACUCAGAGAGCGGCCUGGAGAAGAUGUCCAUUGGACACCACAUCCAGGACCGAGGACAUGUGGUGGAGAAAAAACAGAACAAGAAGACAGGGGAACGGGAGCUCAACCAGGACUUCCAGAAUCUGGAUGAAUCCGAGGCGCAGUCCUUUGACGAAGAGUGGCAGCAAGAGGUGUCUAAAUUCCGACCAUUUGCCCCCAUGUCCCGUCUGGAGGCCCCCAAGCCCAGGGCGGUGCACCGGGCAGCCCUCACCGCCGCCAGCGGCCCUGACCAGGGACGGAGGGACAAACCAAACCCAAAACCUGAAGGAAGGAAAAUGCACAUCGACGAUCUCAACGUCAAAGGCUCAGGCAUGACGAAGCAGUAGAAAUGUCUAGCGAAUAAAGCUAUGUCAGGCAACAAC